GUUUUGAUAACAAAAUAAAAGAUGGACUGGACUGGAAAACAUAAUGGGCCAAACGAUACAACUAAUGAUGGGACAGUGGUACGACUUCGAGGCCUCCCAUUUGGCUGCAGCAAAGAAGAAAUCGUUCAGUUUUUUCAAGGGUUGGAAAUCGUGCCAAAUGGGAUAACAUUGACGCUGGACUACCAGGGGAGAAGCACAGGGGAGGCCUUCGUGCAGUUUGCUUCAAAGGAGAUAGCAGAAAAUGCUCUGGGGAAACACAAGGAAAGAAUAGGGCACAGAUACAUUGAAAUCUUCAAAAGUAGUAAGAGCGAAAUCAGAGGAUUCUGUGACAUGCCAAGAAGAAUGAUGGGACAACAACGACCUGGACCAUAUGAUAGACCAUUAGGAGGAAGAGGGGGUUAUUAUGGAGCUGGGCGUGGAAGUAUGUAUGACAGAAUGCGUCGAGGAGGUGGUGGAUAUGACGGUGGAUAUGGCGGCUUUGAUGAUUAUGGUGGCUAUAAUAACUAUGGCUAUGGAAAUGAUGGAUACGAUGACAGAAUGAGGGAUGGGAGAGGCAUGGGAGGACAUGGCUAUGGUGGAGCUGGAGAUGGAGGGUCGGGUUUCCAUGGUGGCGGUCAUUUUGUUCACAUGAGGGGACUGCCUUUUCGAGCAACGGAAAACGAUAUUGCUAAUUUUUUCUCACCGCUGAAUCCUAUAAGAGUUCACAUUGAUAUUGGGGCAGACGGAAGAGCCACAGGAGAGGCAGACGUGGAAUUCGUAACACAUGAGGACGCAGUAGCUGCCAUGUCUAAGGAUAAAAAUCACAUGCAGCAUCGGUAUAUUGAGCUGUUCCUGAAUUCAACUGCUGGAGGUGGUUCUGGAAUGGGAGGCUACGGCAGAGAUGGCAUGGAUCAAGGCUAUGGCUCUGUGGGUAGAAUGGGAAUGGGUAGCAAUUACAGCGGCGGCUACGGAACCCCCGAUGGCUUGGGUGGCUAUAGUAAGUGUCCAAGUUGUGGCUUCAGUGUACUUUGA